AUGAAGCCAGUUUACUUGUCCGGUCUCAGUCACGUGACGCCAAGGGGGAACUCCAGUUUUUUUCCCGGACUUUCAGAGAAGCUGAGAUUACCGUCAGUCUUGAAGUCCGCCCAAAUCAACAAUGCUUCCGCCCAGGUUUCUAGCGCCCUUCCGGGCGUUAGAACGGGUGUUCGCUCCUCAUUACGGUCUACUCCGGCCCUGUAUCAACCACAAUCCCUCAUUCAACGCACCCUCUCCGCAAACCUCGGUCUCCCGAAACCUACACCCUCUCUUUCUCAUCGGCUUCUCCCCUUCUCACAGGUGCGAUACGCCUCGCACGCGUCCCAAGGAACAGCCAAUCGACACUCCCGCGACCCAGCAGGCAAGCGCCUUGGCGCGAAGCGCACGAACGGCGAGUACGUGGUGCCGGGAUGCAUCAUCUUCCGACAGCGCGGCUCAAAAUGGUUCCCCGGCGACAACUGCGCCAUGGGCCGUGACCACACCAUCUACGCCACCCAGGCCGGGUAUGUGCGGUACUACCUAGACCCCGCCCGGCACCCGGAUCGCAAAUUUAUCGGCAUUGUGUUCGAGAAGGAAGGGAGACUGCCGCAUCCUCGGAAUGCGCCCACCCGCCGCAAGCUGAACAUGGUUUCUGUUCCCCGGGUUGAGCCUGUGGCCUUUCAGUCUGAUAUGGUUGCUUCGAUUAAUGAGAAUGGGACCCAGGUGGGCAGCGUUCCGGCUGCUGAUGCUGCUACUGGGCCCCAGCUUCGCCCCGGCUAUAUGUACCGGGAGGCCAAUUGGGUCAUUGGUCGUGCGGCUGAGAAGGCUGGGAUUACGGCUAAGUCCUACGAUCGCGGAAACCGGUGGCUUGCCUGGAGAAAGAGACAGGCUCGUAUCGAGCGGGCUGCUCAGAUGAAGAGCUUGAAGGGCAAGAAGAAGAAAUAG